UGACAUGAAAUUAACUCAAAUUUGUGAAGUUACCUUAACAUAAAGUACUCUAAAAUUGAAAACCCAGAAUUAACCAGGAUUCCGAAAUGUUUCAAAGAUCAGUGGGAAUUUUUAAUAAAGCGAAAUCAGUUAAUUGGAAUUAUUCGCAAAUACUAUCUUUAAAACCAAAUGUCGGCAUUCAGUACCUGUUGUGUUUACGUAACACUAGCUUUUUCAACAAGCUACCUGCCGAAGAUAUUUGGCGUGGAGUUACGGCCGUAAGCAACGCUGGAAAAAAAAGAGGCCGCGGUAAAGGAAGUGGCAAAAAGGUGGCAAAGGACCUUAACAAAGGCCAAAGCCUUGGUCUUGGAAAAAACAGCCGUGUAUGGCCUGGAUUAAAUUCUCCUGUUUUAAAAGGCUAUGAACUUGUCCAUUCUCAGAAAAUGACCGAUAGUAAUGAUAAGGUAAACGGAUAUAUGAAAUUACGUGACUCAAUGAGCAACUUCAAAAUAAUGAAAUUAAACCCGAUAGACCGCGGGUGGUCUGGAAGUAAAAUGCCCGGUCGUAGUAUUGGACCCCCUGAUAGUGUAGGCGAGGAAGAAUUUAGCUCGUUUGAUACCCGAGUGUUAGAGAACAAAAUUGUUUUUAUUAUGAAGGGAAAUAUGGGAAGGAAACGAAGAUAUUCUGUUUUGUCGGUAACAGGAAAUGGCAAUGGGUUGGCAGGAUUUGCUACAGCUAAAGCACCAGAAGUACGAACCGCUCUUCGAAAGUCUAAGAAUCGGGCCGGUCAAAAACUCAUUAAUAUCAACUUGUGUGAAAAUAGAACAAUAUACCACGACUUUUAUACUGCAUUUGGAAAAACCAAAAUAUAUUGUUUUCAAAAACCUGAUGGAUAUGGCUUAAUAUGUCACCGGGCUAUACAAACGAUUUGUAAGGUUUUAGGAAUAAAAGAUUUAUAUGCAAAAAUUGAAGGCUCUACGAAUGUACAACAUAUAGUAAAGGCUUUUUUUAUUGGUGUAAUGCAGCAACGAUCUUACCAAUAUAUUGCAAAUGAAACAAAUCUGUACGUUGUUCAAAAGCAAAAAGCAAAAAGUGGGUAUACCGACGUCAAAGCCAUACCACAUUUACCCUCAACGAACCCGUAUAAUGCUGCAGAUGCAGAUUAUAUGCAUUUUACACUUGGUAACAAAAUUGUUUUAAAAGAAAAUAAAAUAUUCCCCUUUUAUUUCAACUCUAAAGGACAUCAAUUAUAUCAAACAAAGGAAGAACGAUUUCGAAAUCAAGCUAAUGUUCGAUUGCGCGAUUUGGUUAAUUCUUAUGUUUAAUUAAUAAAAAAACUUGUUAAAAAAAAUA